AUGAUCAAGCUAUGUCCUCUUUAUGUCAGAUAUUUGACCUCUACUGGGCCUCUUAUGACUUGUCAUGCCCUCAAGAGAAAAAGAGAGAAAGAAAAUAGUUACAGUGAGGUACUGUAAUACAUGUAACUGUUGACUUUGGAAUUGUUAAAAAUUUUAUUUUAAGAGUUUGUUGAACAGAGCCAGAAUUAAGGUGGCUUGACUGGAUUUAGGGGGGAUACCCCCCAAUUUUGAGCAUUAACUAUGUCAGCCUGAGUAAAGAUAUCCAUGGGAAAAAGGUUACCCCAACUGUAUUAUAUAAAGAUGAAAAUUUCUCAUGAUCUGGGUUUUAUUGCAAUUAUUGGAGUCACCAUGGCAAUGUAAUGACACCAUUACAUUUUUUAUUUAUCUUUGUGUUUCUCUGUACCAGGAGUGUUUUUAAGAAAACGCUUAAGAGAUUAUGUACCUGCCAUAAUUGCCUCAAUUAAGGCAUUUUGGAAAUACAGUGUAUUUUCAAACAAAGUUUUAAGAAUCAUAAAAGCAGUGAAAUAGCAUGCCAGCCACACAACUAGCUAAUCUUUUAAGGAAAUCACAGCAACUCUUUCUAAAAGUUGCUGUGAUGUUGUAGCCCAAGUAAGAUAAUAAUUGUGAAAGGUUUGAACCCAGGAGUCAUUUCAAAAGCAGGUUGAGUUUGAUUGUCCGGGUGAACGUAGUCCUGAAUAGGACAGUUGUUGUUGACAGUGACUGACGUUUCGACAACCUGUGUGGUAGUCAUCUUCAGAGUCAAAGUGAGUUGUUAUCACAUCAGUUGAUGGUAUUAUACUCUGGUUAUUAAUCUGGUUGGUCAAUUACAUUGCAAUGUUAUCGGUCAUCUGUCAGUUAAGCCGUGAUGUUAUUGGCUAUGAAGACUCGUAAUCAGUAAUCGAUCCGUCUAUUGUCACAGUUAAACAGUCGUCUAUUGUUAGUGAAAUUGUCAGUUCUCCAUUAGUUCUCCGGUACAUGUAGUUAGUUGUAUUACAUCCUACAUGAUGAGCCGUGAUGUUCACCGUUUCGAUUCUCACUGCUAUCCAUGAGACAAGGCAAUUAUUAGCAUUUUCCGGAUAUUUCUUUGGAAAGUAAUUAUUUAGAGUUCUUUUAAAUGUAAAUUUAUUUCUUUUGCUAAUUGUACAUGUGCAUAUAUAUGAAACUUGAAAACAAUGCCACUGAAUAAUGAGGACACUCACUAAGGGAAAAUAUGGUUAUACACGGUUGUCAAAAGUAGCCGGCUGCCGGUAAAAAGUGCCACCUUCUUGGUUAGUAUCGGCCGGCUACUCUGCUUGGCAUUUCUUUGCAGAUGACCUUUUUUAAAUAAAAUAUCCCUGGACUGGCUGCUUACUUUGACAACUCAGUCAUCUACUUCAAAACUUUCUGACAACCCCGGUUAUAUUGGAGGCCCUUUUUAAAAGCCUUCACUAUUUUCAAUGUUCUUGAAACUUGCAGGGUAUAUUUAUUAACAAUUGACCUUGAGAUUGGUAAGUUUAUGAAAAAAUUUAUCAAGUGGUUUUUUGAAUAAAUUAUGUGAAAUUUGUAGGCAUGGACCAAAUUAUGUGCAAAAACUGUAACAAAAGCAGCUGAAUGCAGGUUAAUAAAAUUCUUCUCACUCGCGUUCGCCCAGAGCAAUUCCCCUCUUUCUAUUUGUACACAGUUUUCAAUGGAAUCAAAUCAUUAUGAGAUGAAACCGUUCUUCGAAAGCUUAACAUUUUCUUAACAUAUUAGCUAAUUGUGUGGAUAUAUAGCAUGCUAUUUCACUGUUUUUAUGAUUCUAAAAACUUGUUUCAAAAAAUUUCCAAAAUGCUCUCACAGAAUUUGUUCAAACUUUGCUAUAAUUGAAGCAAUUAUGGCAGGUACAUACUCCCUUAAGCCUUUGCUAAAAAACACUCCUGGUACAGAGAAACACAAAAAUAAAUAAAAAACGUAUUGGUUUCAUUAGGUUGCCAUGGCGACUCCAUUUGCAAUAAAACCUAGAUAAUAAGAAAUUUUCAUGUUUAUAUAAUACAGGAAUGUUGUGGUAGCCUUUUUCCCAUGUCUUUACUCAUGCUGAUGUAGUUAAUGCUUAAACUUGGAAGGUAUUCCCCCUAAAAAAUCCAGUCAAGCCACCGUAUUUAAUUUUGUUUUCUCUGUCAUACCUUUUUCUGCAAUCUUUCAUAGGUAAAGAGAGAUGAGGAAGUGAAGAAACCUAUCAGGUCUGGAUCCCCCAAUGACAUUAGGAACAAGGAGGAUAUCUCAAAAAACGAUCAGAAAUCUCCCCUGUACCUACUAAAGCUGUUAUCCCACCUCUCAAUUCUGACAAUGAAGAUAACAAGUGAGGUCUUAUUUGCAUAAGGCAGCUAUUCCUGAAGAAGGCACAGAUGGUGACAGGUGAAAGAAGGGCAAAGGGACGAGCCUUGCUGGAAGCUUUGGAAAGGCCAGGCAUCAGUCAGCUUCAGGUGCGGGAGUUCCUAGAGCUCUCUGAUGAAAACGGACAAGUGAGACCAGCCCCUUCAAAGCAGUCUGAAAAACCUUUUUUCAUUCCUGAGUCUCCUUUGUAA